UUUACUUUAGUCAUUGUCAAAUAAUGCUACUCUCUCUCUCUCGCCAUUUCUAAAUCGAUCCUUCACCUCAGUCCACCUUUUCAACUUCUGAACUAUAGUUUUGAUCUUCUGUAAAAUGGUCAGCAUAAUCAUACACCCUCUUCCGUAGUAACAAUGCCAAAUUCCAAAUUGUGAACCAGAUAGUUCUCCUAAUUACAGGGUUUCAACUGUCGUGACACCUAAGCAAUCACCUUACCACUCCGCACUACCACUGCACCAAAACCAACACGUGAAACAUCACAAUACACCAAGCUCAAUGACGAAACAAGAUUAUCGAACAAAAGUUGCAUCAUUUUUCUCCGAUGGGUUUGUGUUUGUCGGUGGAACUUUAGUGGCUGUACUGGUAUUCUUGGCCAUAUGGUCAUUCAUUAGUCCAAAUCCCAGUUUUUCUACCAUUAUGAUGUCGAAGUCCAAUACUUUGGACUCUAAAUCAGCGGUCUUUAAUUUAAAUCAAGAUUCGCAAGAACCAACUUUUUAUGAUGAUCAAGAUUUGAACUACGGUAUAGAGAAACCAAUAAAAAACUGGGACGAGAAGCGAAGUAAAUGGCUAAAGCUUCAUCCAACAUUUAAUCAUGGUGUAAAAGAACGGAUUCUUGUCGUUUCAGGUUCACAAUCGAUGCCGUGUAAGAACCCCAUGGGCGAUCAUUUGUUGCUGAGGUUCUACAAGAAUAAGGUAGACUACUGCAGGAUCCACGGGUAUGAUAUUUUCUACAAUAACGUGUUAUUGCAGCCGAAAAUGUUCUUCUUUUGGGCAAAAAUGCCGGCUGUUCGAGCAGCAAUGGUAGCUCAUCCAGAAGCAGAGUGGAUUUGGUGGGUGGAUUCAGAUGCUGCCUUCACUGACAUGGAUUUCAAGCUACCGUUGGAGAAAUACAAAGAUCACAACUUUGUUGUCUACGGUUGGCCCAAAUUAAUCUACGAGAAGAAGAGCUGGACAGGUCUGAAUGCUGGAGUGUUCUUGAUUCGAAACUGUCAAUGGUCAAUGGACUUAAUAGAAGCUUGGGCAAAAAUGGGUCCACAGUCAACGGAAUACGAUAAAUGGGGUCAAAUUUUACAGUCAACGUUCAAAGACAAGAAUUUUCCACAGUCCGAUGACCAGUCAGGUCUGUCCUAUUUACUUUUGAAAGAAAAAGACAAAUGGGGAGACAAAAUUUACUUAGAGAGUGAGUAUUAUUUCCAAGGUUAUUGGGUAGACAUUGUAGGCCAACUUAAUAAUAUCACAGACAAAUACCUUGGAAUAGAGAAAAAAAUGCCUAGCUUAAGGAGAAGACAUGCAGAGAAGGUAAGUGAGAGGUACGGUAAGCUUUGGGAGGAGUACUUAAUUAAGGAUAAAUGGAGGAGGCCAUUUAUUACACAUUUUACUGGUUGUGAACCUUGUAGUGGUGAUCAUAAUCCAAUUUAUUCUUGGGAAACUUGCUAUAAUGCAAUGCAAAAGGCAUUAAAUUUUGCAGAUAAUCAAGUGUUGAGGAAGUAUGGUUUUGUUCAUAAGGAUUUACUUGAUUCCUCAUCUGUUUCUCCUUUGCCUUUCGACUUUCCAUCCAAUUCCUCGGUAUAAGAAUGUAAUUUGUGAUGUGUGGAUUAGAUACACAUAUCACGAGUUCGAAUCUUGUUGCAGAAACAUAAAUCUUAUAUUUAAGUGGAGAAGGAUAGAAAGAUAGAUUUAUUGUGUGACGAGUUUUGCAUCGUGUACCAUUAGCCUCCGCGUGUAUUUAAUUAAAUGUUUUGUGUACUUGUGUUGAUAGUGAUGAUCGUGAUUCUUUGUUUUUUUUUGUUGAUAAAUUGACGAUUAUAUUGUGAUUUUCUUUAAAGA